AUGGCCAGGCCUUGCAAAAACUGCGGCGGUCCACGCGCCGAAGACGUUCCUGACGAGAUCGAGUUGUGCGAACAGUGUACCGCGAGCAAUAUGCCAGUCGCAUCGUUUGACUCCCAAGCUGGAUCACCGACUGAACCGAAUACCCCGGUCCCAGAUACUCAGUUUGAGGGUUUUCAAGGAGGUGAUGGUCAUUCUGGAAAAGGAAAGGAACCCGCUGAUCUCGAUGAACCUAUUCUCGUUCCUGAUCCUGAAAGUGUCCCGGUGGGCUGUAGGCCUUCCCAGAUUGAAACAGGCACUGGCGCCGUUGAGUCGAUGUCGGCAGCACAGUCGGAGAGUGCUUCGAGAGGUGGCAAUCGUCUUAAGCGUAAAGCGUCGGCUUUAAAUGCCGAGGAACCGGUUUUAGAUUCUGAGUCCGAUAAGAGCGUGGGGAGUGUUAGUCCCAAGGAUACUUCCAAUAUUGGACAGGGCCAUGAUCCUUCUUCGCACGAGUAUUCCUAG